AUGCAUUCAUAGACUAUUACUCUAAUUUUUUAUUUAUAUUUGAAUUAUUAAUAUAAUCACAAAUAAGAGAUAUAGUUACUUUCUAAAUAGUCAUGCCUUUAAAUUUAUUUCAUUAUAACCAAUUUUAGUAAUUGGUUAUAAUAGUAUUAUAAUUGUAUAAGAAUUAAAGAAAGGAAGUCUAAAAUAGAUUAUAGUUUACUAGGACAUAAUUUUGAUGCCAAUUGUUUAAAAUUGGCAAAAUUUUGGAAUUACCUCAUUUCAGGAGGGCGUGAUAGUAAAAUCCUAUUUUGGCCAAUAACUCUUUCAAGCAUCCAAAAUGGAUAUCAAAAUCUAUUUUUCAUUUCUACCCUAUUAAUUUGCUUAAUAAUGAAUUCUAAAGAGGAUCUUUUGAUAUCAGCUGGUUUGGACUAAACUAUUCAUAUUUCUAAAAAAAAUAAUGCAACAUAGUUUUGGAAAUUUUCGUAAGUAAUAAAAGAGCAUAAUGAGAUUGUCAUUAAUAUAUAUUAAUAAUAGUGCAAAUUUGAUAAUAUUUUAUUUUAUUUAAAAGAAUAGAUAUAUGAAUAAUACAAUAUUUGGAUUAAGCUUAAGUUUAAAUGAUAAUAAAUUGAUCUCUUGUGGAUCUGAUAAUGUAAUUUUAGUUUUACAAAUGAUUAAAAAGAGUUCAAUAGAGCAUCUGGAUUGUUAAAUAAAAGAUUAUUUUAGAAGUUCAUGGAUAUAGGCUAAGUUUUAUAACAGAUAAUUUAUUUAUAUUUUAACCUUACAAUUUGUAAGAAAUGUGGAUUUUUAAGAUUUCAAAUGAUCUAUUUAAAAAGACAAAACUAUUCAUGCAAAAAGUGGCUGUACAGAUUUUGGAGCGUUCUUCCCCAUAUAGUUCAUUUAAUCUAACAACAUUAUCUUAGCCAAAAAUGGUAAUUACAUUCAUUUGAUUAAAUUUGA